AUGGCUGACCAAGAUGUACUGGGCAAACCAGUGGGUGGCUUAUGCCGCAACGCUUCACAACUUGUGCCAGGCAAGGAGUACAAGAUCAAAUAUGUGUACCAAGAGCUCAGCCGUUUUACCAACUUCGUCACAAAGAAUUAUGAUAUGAAGACAAUUUGUGUAUAUGAAGACCUUGAUUUGUUGUUCUACACAUAUCUGUGCAAGGAUUACGACAACAAGACCGCUGGCCAAAUCAAAGAGUACAAUGACAACAUAAAAGCUGGACACAACAUUCGGCUCAUCUACUAUGGAAGCGUUGGAAAUUAUAACAUGACAAGACUUUUGACACAUGGUCAAAAACCUAACAACGAAACCAAACAAGGAAUGAAGGCUAUUACCAAUGCACAGACAAACACCUUUUUCUUGAAGCGAAAGAAAGAUGAUGACGAUGAUGACAGAUCCAACAGAAAGAUUGCCAAAACAUCAAGUGAGGAGAGUUCGGCGCAAUAAUAAGUGAUUGUAAAUAUGGUAAUUUUUGUUCUAUUUAGUGAUGGAGACUGAUUUUUUAAUACUUCGUUAGUUGUAAAUACGUUAUAUCAUUGAGGAUUGAAAGGUAUCUCGAUCUUGAUCUGUUCUAGUUAUAACAGUUGUCUAGAUAUUGAAUUACCUUUUUGUGAUUUACAUUUUUGUGGUUCGUGAUAGGACCACACAAGCUGUUGUUGUACUUGGUGAUGAAAACUGAUUUUUUAAUCUUUCGUUUGUUGUAAAUGUGUCAUAUGUUUGAGGAUUGAAAGGUAUCUUGAUCUUGAUCUGUUCUAGUUAUAACAAAUGUCUUUUCGUUUGUUGUAAAUGUGCCAUAUGUUUGAGGAUUGGAAGGUAUCUCGAUCUUGAUGUGUUCUAGUUAUAACAGUUGUCUAGGUAUUGAAUUACCUUUUUGUGAUUUACAUUUUUGUGGUUCGUGAUAGGACCACAAAAGCUGUUGUUGUACUUUGUGAUGAAGACUAAUUUUUUAAUCUUUCGUUUGUUGUAAAUGUGUCAUAUGUUUGAGGAUUGAAAGGUAUCUCGAUCUUAAUCUGUUCUGGGUGAACUUGUGAGUUUUAAAUUUGUCUGAAAUGGACACAGAAUGUAAUUUUUCCACAGCUUUCCGUGA